AUGGGCUUCUUCCUGCUCAACCUCUCCCUCACAGACCUGGGCUGCAUCUGCACCACUGUCCCCAAAGCCAUGCACAAUUCCCUCUGGGGCACCACAACCAUCUCCUACAAGGGAUGUGCUGCACAGCUUUUUUUCUUUUAUUUCUUCAUCACAGCAGAGUAUUUCCUCCUCACCGUCAUGUGCUACGACCGCUACGUUGCCAUCUGCAAACCCCUGCACUACGGGACCCUCCUGGGCAGCAGAGCUUGUGCCCACAUGGCAGCAGCUGCCUGGGCCACUGGCUUUCUCACUGCUCUGCUGCACACAGCCAGUACAUUUUCCCUGCCCCUGUGCCAGGGCAAUGCCCUGGGCCAGUUCUUCUGUGAACUCCCACACAUCCUCAAGCUUUCCUGCUCACACUCAGGCUACCUCAGGGAAAUUAUGCUCCUUAGGGUUAGUGUCUCUUUAGUGUUCGGUUGUUUCGUUUUCAUUGUUUUCUCCUAUGUGCAGAUCUUCAGGGCUGUGCUGAGGAUCCCCUCUGAGCAGGGACGGCAUAAAGCCUUUUCCACCUGCCUCCCUCACCUGGCUGUGGUCUCCCUGUUUGUCAGCACUGGCGUAUUUUCUGACCUGAAGCCCCCCUCCAUCUCCUCCCCAUCCCUGGAUCUGGCCUUGUCAGUUCUGUACUCAGUGGUGUCUCCAGCACUGAACCCCCUCAUCUACAGCCUGAGGAACCAGGAGCUCAAGGAUGGCAUAAGGAAAAUGAUGACUGGAUGCUUUUCACGAGCAACAACCUGCGUCUUUUCUUCGGCACAACACUCAUUGUGUAACCCCUUACUGGCCCAUCCUGCGUCCUAA